UGUCAAUCUUAAUCUCUUGAAACCAAUUUGCGCACUUUGUUCGUCCGAGCAUCCGAGAGAGAGGCGAACCCUCAACAACCCCCGAGUCCCAAGUCCCAACUCCCCCGAUCUCUUGGUCAGAGUUUCCAUCGUCAUGGAGGGACAGGAGCCUGGUGCGGAUCUCGAGGCGCUCAUCCGGCGGCUGCGGCUCCACCAGCCGCCUCCCUCCCCGUACGCUGGCCAUCCACCCACCGCGGCGACCACCGCCGCCGACGAACUGUUUCAGCCGAGGAGAGCCGCCGUGCUGGUCUGCCUCUUCCGGGGCACCGCCGGCGAGCUCCGCGUCAUCCUCACCAAGCGCUCAUCUUCCCUCUCCACCCACUCCGGGGAGGUUGCAUUGCCAGGCGGAAAAGCCGAUAAAGGUGAUGCUGACAAUGCAGCAACAGCUCUCCGGGAGGCUGAGGAGGAGAUUGGGCUCGACCCAUGUCUGGUCACCGUUGUUGCCUCUCUCGAGCACUUCUUGUCAAAGCAUCUUCUGGUAGUUGUUCCUAUUGUUGGCGUACUCUCAGAUAUAGAAGCAUUUAAACCUGUUCUUAACAUCCACGAGGUCGAUGACAUGUUCGAUGUACCUAUGGAGAUGUUCCUCAAGGAUGAGAACAGGAGAUCCGAGGAGCGAGAACGAAUGGGGCAGAUCUUCACAAUUCAGUACUUCGAUUAUGAGAAAGGAAACAAGAAGUAUGUAAUCUGGGGUCUGACUGCCCGCAUCCUGAUCCAUGCAGCUUCAAUUGUAUACCAGCGGCCACCGGACUUUGUUGAGCGAAGAUUGCAAUUCAGCAUGCCAAAGUACUAAGCGAAGUGUGGUCUAUGCCUUGGUCUGGACCUGCUAAACACUAAACCUAAAUAUUUAGAAUGCUGUAUCAUACUCUCAUUUAUAUGGUGUUGGCGUCUAAAGCAGAGUUGGUCAUGAGUAACUGCUGUCGCAUGUAAAGGGAUUCCAAACCAUAUGCUUCUAUAUGAUUCAUAUUCUGUCCACAGGUAAUUACAUAACAUAGUAAUGAAAAAGAUUAACAUUUUGUACAUUUUAUUUAUAUUGAGUACACCUUGAACUGUC